CCCGCGACCGGCUUUACAUUCAUAUCGUUGUAUAACAUAAUAAUCGGCACAAUGGCUAUCACUAUACAGAUUGGAUUCACUUAUAGAUACUCCUAUUUAUACGAAAUUGAGACACAAUUUAAGACAUUUAUGUACUAUUAUGGACUCGAAAUGAUCUCAUUUCUAACACCCGUCACACUAUUCUUCAAUGGCAUCACUUCUUUGAAUCAAAUACUUUACAAUAAUUAUUGUCAAGUGUUUGAAGCGAAAGGUUUGGCCAACACUUCGUGUGCUUCCGAUAAGCCUAACGAUAGGAAUAUCUGUUGUUUACCGAAAUGUGAGUCCAAUUACACGGAAUAUGAAGUGUUUUACGCGAAAACUGUUCACACGCUUCGUAUCGACAGUUUUAAUACCGAUUGCUAUCAACACUUAAAUCCGUUCACUUAUAUGACCGGCUAUUACAUCCGUUUUAUACUUUAUGGCCUUUUAUAUAUGUGCAUCAAUUGUUUGUCCGCAUAUUUAAACGUAUUUUUGGCCAAAGAGUGGUCAGAAAUAAUAUCCAUGAACUCCAAGACGUCGACGAAAACCGGACUCGUUUCGCUGAUUGCCGACAAUUUGACCAAAAAGUUUAGCAAAUCUGUAAUAAUUCCCAAUAAAUUGUCAUUUAUGGUCAACAAAGAGGAAUGUUUCGGUCUUUUGGGGACCAAUGGCUCGGGAAAGACCACAACCUUUCGUUUACUAACCGGAGAUCUGGACAGAGACUCAGGAAACGCGUACUUGGGUUCUGAUGCGGACCUAUUGAACAACAAAAAGACAUUUUACUCACGAAUUGGUUAUUGUCCGCAAAACGACGCCCUUUUGGAUCGACUGACGGGAAUGCAAACACUCCUCUUCUUCGGCCGAUUGCGUGGUCUGGAGAGGAAUGCGUUGAAGACAUUCAUAGCACACAUAACCGAUAAGUUUGAAUUGAACCGUAUUAUCAAUAGCCGAUUGUCCACUUAUAGCGGCGGUAAUCGUCGCAAGUUAUCGCUGGCCGUCGCACUUAUAGGCACUCCGCGGCUCUUGUUAUUAGACGAGCCGACCAAUGGUGUGGACCCGGACUCGAGGCUCAAGAUUUGGGGUCUAUUGAGAGAUCUGAUGUCGACCUCCAAAGUGUCGAUACUAUUAACGUCUCAUAAUAUGAGUGAAUGCGAGGCUUUGUGUUCGCGUUUAGCCAUCGUCUCGAAGGGUGUCAUCAAAUCAGUCGGUUAUGUCUCACAACUGAAGACUUGUUUCGCCAAAGGAUACGAUAUUAUCUUAAAAGUGAGAAAUGAUUCCAACGAAGAGAUUAUCGAUAAAUUAAAGGCCAAAAUGAGCUCAACGUUUGGCAACAAAUGUUUACUUAAAUACGAUAAUUAUGGUGUCAUUUACUAUAACCUCAUUCGCCGAGACAUUAAAUUGUCGCAAAUCUUUCAAUCGUUGCAAACAUUGAAACACGAGUUUGAGUUCGAGGACUACUUCGUGGCCAACGCUAGUCUCGAACAGGCAUUCCUCUCGAUUGUGGCCUCAAAUGAGAGGUCACCACAAGUCGGAUACUCACAGAUAUAUUAA